AUGGCUCCCACCACUGUCAAGAUCAUCAAAAACAUCAUCAUACUCGAGGUUGAAAACCUCCUUCAAGGUUGGCCAGCAUAUGUUAUUAACUUCACACCAGAAAAUCCUGGCCCACAUAAAUUAAUCCUGCAUCUCAAGAACCCAAAAAAAUAUGUGAAGAUUGACUCUGAUGAUGAAGAUGAAGCCAUGAUUGUGGAGUACCAUAGGUAUCAUGAUGCAUAUAGCCAACAUUUCUAA